AUGUGUUUGCAAAGGGUUUGGUGGCCUGAACUCUGGCUCAUUCUGCUCUGGAUACUCUGCCUGCUUAGAGCCCCAUUCACAGGUGCCAAUGAAGCAGUGAGAUGUGAGAGAAUUCCUGCAGCAGCCUUAGGUGAAGAUGUGACCUUGAAAUGUAACUUUAUACCCUCGUUCGAUGUUUUACAAGUCACCUGGCAGAAGUUGGAAGGCUCUUCAUUCAAAAACAUAGCUACCUACAGCAAGGCACAUGGAAUUAAAUCCAUAGGGCCUUUCAAUAAGAGAGUUUUUUUCAAUGAUACAAGUCUGAAAGCAUCAUCCAUCACAUUUCGUGGUGUGAUAUUGGAGGAUGAAACCUGUUAUAAGUGCAUCUUCAAUGCAUUUCCACUUGGCUCCUUCAGCAGAGAAACUUGCCUCAUUGUACAUUCGAUUUCUCCAGUAAGAACUGAACUACAUUCAAACACUAACACCCCAGGAGUCCUGACUGCAGUCUGCUCAGCUACAGCAAAACCUGCCCCAGAAAUCACAUGGAAGCCUGAGGGUGUCCUGAUUGGCCAGCCUGAGAUACAUGGAGUUAAGAAUGCAAAUGGCACAGUAACCGUGACAAGCACAUGCAUCGUUUCUGUGAGGCUUCUGAGAUCGAAGAACUUCCAGGCUUUGACUUGUGUAAUAAAUCACCCUAUGGGAAGGAAAGAGGAGCUAAUUGACCCACUAGAAGAAUAUGAAGCGGCAAACCCCGGGAAGUUUUCAGCGCAAGAGAACCCCAUUUUCAAACUCAAAGGAGAGUCAAAGAGAAACACUGGUACCCAGAGAAAUGUUUCCAGAAGAAAAAGAAGAGAAUGAGGAAGGCAAUCUGAAUCAUUCAUUUGUGGAAGGGGUUGAAAAGAUUGAUGACUCCGUUUUUAAAAAUUAGACAGAAGGUAAACUUUCACUGCUGCAAAUGAAAAAAUCAGAGAAACCAACGUCACUAACUCAACAUUCAAACCGGCCCCAAAGAAGAUUUUUUUCAAAGAAUUGCGCAGUAGCUUGGAGAGAGGACGAUUUAUAACAUGACUUUGACACAAAAAGAGCUUAAAG